CUUGGCUGACCCAGCUCUUUUUGUAGAUAACUCAAUUCAGCCAACCAAACAGGAUCGACCUCUCUCUUUCUCUCCUAUAGCCCUUCAGCCACAGACACGCAGGCAGGGGAGAGGGAUGUCACAGCUGAAAGAAAACCAGUCCACCUCCGCCUGCAUGAAGAACAAGCACUGCACCGCCAUUCCUCACGCCUACGCACGGGGUAUUUACUUCUUUUACGCGCCGUUCGGAGACAAAUUGGUCCAAUUUUGGCACCGUUGACGAUCUGUUAUCUGUCAUCCCUCCGUUAGCGGCAAUAAUGCUUCCCAGCCAGCUCAUAACUUCUUCCACCACGCCCUUUUCUGUGAAGGAUAUUCUGAAGUUGGAGUUGCAGCAACAGUCUCAGCAGCACCAGCUCCAGUUUAUCUCCUGCUUCGGUGUCUCCGCUGCGCGGUCACAGCCGGGAGCUUUCCCCGGCAAACCGCUGCGCUCGCACUCUCCGCCCUCUUGCAUGUUGGCUGGAAGGGACAGUCCAAGUCCGAUUAGCUCCGGCCUGUCGGAGGGCGAGGAGAGGAUGUCGUACCUCACCACGCUCACGGCUCAGGAGCGACUGGCAGAGUCUGGUCUGCCUGCGGAGAUGUUCGGCCACCCGCCGCAGAACCUCUCCUCAGACCUGCAGCUGGAGACCGAGCGGGAAGAGCGCGAUAGCAAGAACUGCGGUGCGCUGCGGGGCGAGGGCGAGGAGCCAGAUCCAGAGCAACCCACCGCCAAGCAGCAGAGGACCAGGAGGAAACCCCGCGUCCUCUUCUCCCAAUCUCAGGUGUUCGAGUUGGAGCGGCGUUUCAAGCAGCAGCGGUACCUGUCCGCGCCGGAGAGAGAGCACCUGGCCACCUCGCUGAAACUCACCUCCACCCAGGUCAAGAUCUGGUUCCAGAACAGGAGGUACAAAUGCAAGAGGCAGCGGCAGGACAAGAGUCUGGAGAUGGCUGGUCACCACCAUCAUCACCACCUCCACCACCCACCGCCUCCGCCGCCCAGGAGGGUGGCUGUGCCGGUGCUGGUCCGGGACGGGCGGCCUUGUCUGACCGGAUCUCAGAACUACAACCCUUCUUACACAGUCGGUGCUCCGAGCCCGUACAGCUACAACGGCUACCCGGCCUACAGCUACAACAACUCGGUGUAUACCAACACUUACUCGUGUACUUAUUCUAGUUUACCCGCUCUGCCGCACAACAACCCUCCCGCUAACGCUUUUAUGAACAUGAAUUUGGGGAACCUCGGUGCACAAACGCAGAGCUCGGCGCCCCAAGGAACCCUCGUCGCACCCUGCCAGGGGACGCUGCAGGGCAUACGGGCAUGGUAGCGUAAGACUAUACGCACAGUGAGAGCCGGGAGAGACUUCACUGGGAUUGGCUGUAUGGACUCUACCGAGAAAACUGAUGCAACAAAAAGGCCCAUUCAAAACAAUACAGCCCAUGCUGGCUGGAACUCGGGGCCCAUUGAGACACAAACCAUAUAGUAUAUGCGAAUUUUCCUCUGAGCCACAAUGUUUAGAAAUCUAAUUUUACCUGCUGUUGGAUUGACUGUGUGUUGUAUAAUGUGGCCUUUUGGGUUCAGAAUGUAGUGUUAAAAAUAAAAAUAAAAAGAAGCUGUAUAUACAUAAUGCAUACCUAUAUGGGUCUAAGGCCCACACACUCAAUUAGAACCCUGGAAUGAAUAGCAAUUAUUGACAUGAUCGGUAUCAUGCUUUUUCCCUAUUUAAUAGUGUGAUUUAUUUCUGUCCAGGAAACUUUGUUCUUCUCUAAAAGUAAUUUAGAUUGGCAACGUUAACUGAUUCGAAGGGCCACAAUUUACAAUGAAUGAUUAUUAUUCUCACUGAAGGUGAAAGUAAAUGAUACAACAAACAUAAUGACACAUGUGACUGUUUUUCUGUAGUUGGUGAGCCAAUCGUUUUAUGUAUAUAUGUAGCCUUCUAAUAGCCUGUUUCUGAUUUUGCUUGAAAGCAGGUGUUAAUACAUUUCAACCGUCAUAAUAAC